GGUAAUGUGCGCGGCGAUGCGGAUGAGCGGACGCGCGAUUCUGGUGGUUUUUACGGUCGGGAUGGCCGCGGGUCCGGUGUCCGGGUGCAAAGAGGGAGAAUAUCGCCAUAACGGCAUCUGCUGCCCCCGGUGUCCACCAGGUGAAAGGGUCCAAGAUCACUGCACAGCCGAGGCCGGGACCACCUGCCUUCCCUGUGAGGAACAGACGCACCAAACGGAGGCGAGCGGGGACGAGGUUUGCAAACCGUGCACCAAGUGUCCAGCAGGGUACUUCGAGCUCCAGAAGUGCAGCAGGACCCAGGACACGGUGUGCGACUGCUCGGAGGGCUUUCACUGCACCAACCUGACCCACAGCAACUGCGGGGAAUGUGUACCUCACCGGCCCUGCCCCCCAGGCCAGGGGGUCGAGCAGCCAGGAGCAUAUCGCAUGGACACGCAAUGUCGCACGUGUCCGAUCGGCAGCUUCUCAGACGAGAACUCGACCACACAGCAAUGCAGAAACUGGACUGAAUUUUGUUUCCAGGUUCAACAAGAAGGAGUCAAUAAGUACCCCUGUCCAGGAGCAUGGACAAUGCGACUCAGACACAGCAGGUGGAAAGUUGGCUGUGCAGGCCAGCUCCGUGAAGCUGAUUCCACCGAGUCUGUGACGUCCUCCGGACCUGAAAGUCGUUCCACAAUGUGAUCUGUUGUAUCCAAAUCAUUGCCGCUGUUUUAUAAUAUAUAUCAGUUGCUCCUUGAGAUGGGUAACCAACAUUUAUGUGGUUAGCCUUCUGGAUAAUAUUUUGUAUCUCAAAAAUAUUUUUAUAAGUGUUUGUGUACAUGGAGUCCUGUAGCUCA